AUGGCUAGUCAAGAACGAAGUGGUUCAUUACUACGCAACGGAUACAUUACAAAUGCAAAUAGGAGACAAAAAACAAAAGACAACAACAAGGAGAAAAAAGAGGAAGAGAAUGGAAAGGAGGAAGAUGAAGUAGAAGAAAGGGCAGGGGAGACAACAACAGCAACUCAAAACGAGGAAGGGACAACAACGGAAAAAGAAAAAUGGAUAAUUGCCAAAGGGAAUGGAAACGAGAAAGAGAGACAUUGGGAGAGUUACAAAGAUGGGCAAAAGAACCGAGCCGAAAAAGUGAAAAAGUUAAUCACAAUUGGACAAGAACUAUUGAAGGAGCAAAAACAAAAACAGAAGUACAACCAGUAA